AUGACACAGAAGAAGGCGAAAGCGGCCGACAUGUCGGUUGUAGCUGCCAAUGACGAAACAUCAUUGAUCCUGGAUUACCUUCGGAAACAAAAUCGUCCUUAUUCGGCCAUAGAUGUUUCAACGAAUUUGCAUAACAAGGUCUCAAAAACGCACGCAGCAAAGGUCUUGCGAGACCUACACCGGAAGAAGGAGAUUGAAGCCCGGAUCUCAGGAAAACACACAGUUUAUCAUGCCCUUCAAGACGCGUCCGACGAUUUCAGGAUGGAGACCAUGGCGAUGAUGGAUGAAAAGAUCAAGCAGCUGGAAGAACAGUUAACAACACUCAAAACCAAGGAAAAGAAAGCGCGAACGGAUUUAGCAACGCUCUCCACGAAGCCAUUGCUCUGUGAGCUUCGACACGAUGUCGGCCGACUUGAGCAAGAAACACAGGCGGUUUCAUCUCGUCUCAAGAAAAUCCAGAAAAGAGAUUCAAUCCAGGUGUCUCCGGAGGAGAGAGCAAAGUUGGGAAAGGAAUGGAGACGCUGGAAUAAGAUCGCUAGCGUCCGUAAGACGAUCUGUCGGGAUCUAUGGAGUAGAUGCUUGGAGGUUGUACCGGACAAUGUGAGUCGAGAAGAGCUUUGGGUAAGUACACCGACUCUUGAUACUGCAUUACGGCGUCGAUCUGCAGCAGUUUCGGCUGACUUUGUCCAUCAGGAAUCUCUGGGCCUUGAAGGAUCCUUUCUUCGUUGA